AUGAUGAUGAUGGAGGGGGAGGAUGAUGUUGUUGUUUGUAAAGAUCCGUUGCAAAUUAUCAAAGGCAAACGUAGCAAACGUCCAAGGCCACCGUCACCUCCUCUACCUUUGCAGGUGGCUUCAACCACCACCACAACCACGACAUCUACUGGAGGUGACGGCGGAGUUGUUUCUGCAACAACAUCUGUUGAGUUAGCAGAAGGGUAUAGUACCGAGCGAGAACAAGAAGUUGAAGAAGAUAUGGCAAAUAUGGCAAAUUGUUUACUUCUUUUGUCUCAAGGUCAAACAAGAAAACCACCAUCGGAUCCGCCUUCUUCGGCGGCGGUGAUGUUUGUUCACCAAUGCAAGACAUGUAACCGGUGUUUCCCUUCAUUUCAGGUGCUUGGUGGUCAUAGAGCAAGCCACAAAAAGCCCAAGGUUAACGAUCAUCAUGAGGAUAAUCAUAAAGAGUUGAUGUUUGGGAAAGACGAUGACUAUUACGAUGAACUAAACUACAUGAGCACGACACUUUCACUUCAAAUAACGAGCAAGGCUUCUGUUUCAAGCAACAAAUCUAGGGUUCACGAGUGUUCCAUAUGUGGGGCUGAGUUCUCCUCGGGACAAGCUCUUGGAGGUCAUAUGAGAAGGCACAAGACAUUAAGUAAUAAUGUUCCGACGACGACAAACUUGAACGCUGUCGGUACAACAGAACUGCCCGACAAACCAAGAAGUGUUCUGCAAUUGGAUCUUAAUCUUCCAGCACCGGAAGAUGAUCCUCACAAGGAACCUAAACUGCUUUCGUUUUCUUCCAAGGGGAAACUACUGCUUUUUUCGUCAUCUUCUUUGGUUGAUUGUCAUUACUAG